CCGUGUGCGCGUGUGUGUGUGUGUGUGUGAGAGAGGGAGAGAGAGAGCGCGAGAGGAGUGUGUGUGUGUGUGUGGCGUCUGUCUGCCUCUCCACAUCUUCACCGAGGCAUUAGAGGUGGAUUUUUUUUUUUUUGUUUGUUUUAUUUUUGUAAAACAGGGACUAUCGCAAUAAGAAGGGUGAGGAAGGCUGGGAGAGGAAUAUAUAUAUAUAUUUAUUUAUUUAUAUAUAUAUCAAGGAUAAAAACAUGGCAGUAUUAUAGCACGAGGAAGGUGUGUCAGCGAUUAGCAUCAUCAGUGUCUAGAAAAAAAAAUCCAUCUCUACAUCUCUUCAUCUUCAUCAUUCCCAUGGGUUGAUCGAUCCUAUGGUAUCGAAAAAAAGACCGCAUUCAUACACAACCUCGGAUUAAAUAUCGGACGAUAUUUUUCCAUUGAAAAAGAAAAGAAAAGAAAAAAAACACGACGUUUGGCUUAAAUUUCCGGGUUUCUCCGGUAAACGAGCCGAGCUCGAAUCCGAAUCCAACUCCUCCCUCUCCUCCCGGUUUUCUCACCUCCUCCCACCCCCACCCCCCCUCCUCUCUAUGCUCAGCUCGGUGUGCGUGUCGUCGUUCCGAGGGCGAAAGGCGGGCAACCAGUCGUCCAACAAGGUAUGCGGGAGCGCCGACAUGCCGUGCCCGGCGGACAGCGAGCGCAUCGUGAUCAACUGCGGCGGCGUGCGCCACGAGACUUACCGCAGCACGCUGCGCACGCUGCCCGGCACGCGCCUCGCGUGGCUUACCGAGCCCGACGCGUCCAGCAACUUCGACUACGAUGCGGUGGCCGACGAGUUCUUCUUCGACCGUCAUCCAGCCGUGUUCGCCUUCGUGCUGAACUACUACCGAACCGGUAAGCUGCACUGCCCCGGCGACGUGUGCGGCCCGCUCUUCGAGGAGGAGCUCGCCUUCUGGGGCAUCGAUGAGACGGAUGUGGAGGCAUGCUGCUGGAUGAACUACCGGCAGCACCGUGAUGCUGAGGAAGCGCUCGACAGUUUCGAGACACCCGAACCGGACCCGCCGGACGAUGAUGCCGCGCUUGCCGGAGGAGCGGACGGAGACCUGCGGCGUCUCUGCUUGCACGAGGACGGGCGCAAAGUGGGUUGGUGGCGCGUGUGGCAACCCAAAAUCUGGGCACUUUUCGAAGACCCUUAUUCAUCCAAAUACGCACGGUAUGUGGCGUUUGGCUCGCUGCUCUUCAUCCUCAUUUCCAUCUCGACGUUCUGCAUGGAGACGCACGAGGCAUUCAACACCGUCUACAACCGGACAGAGAACGUGACGGUGGGCAACGUGACACGCGAGGAGGUCUUCUUCGAGGUGGUGACGGACAGCUGGCUUACAUACGUAGAGGGCGUGUGCGUGAUAUGGUUCACCUUUGAAGUGUUUACGCGUGUCAUAUUUUGCCCAGACAAGGCUGAAUUCUUCAAGAGCACUCUAAACAUCAUUGACUUUGUGGCCAUCCUGCCAUUCUACCUAGAGGUUGGUCUGAGCGGCCUUUCAUCCAAGGCGGCCAAGGACAUGCUGGGCUUCCUGCGUGUGGUCCGGUUUGUCCGUAUCCUGAGGAUCUUCAAGCUCACGCGUCAUUUUGUUGGGCUUCGUGUGCUGGGUCAUACGCUUCGCGCCAGCACCAAUGAGUUUCUCCUGCUUAUCAUCUUCCUUGCCCUCGGAGUGCUCAUCUUUGCCACCAUGAUCUACUAUGCCGAACGCAUCGGCGCCAGCCCCAAUGACCCCACGGCCAGUAACCACACUAGAUUCAAGAACAUCCCCAUCGGUUUCUGGUGGGCCGUGGUCACCAUGACGACUCUGGGGUACGGUGACAUGUACCCUGAGACGUGGUCGGGUAUGUUGGUUGGUGCUCUGUGUGCCCUGGCUGGUGUGCUGACGAUUGCCAUGCCUGUGCCCGUCAUUGUCAACAACUUCGGCAUGUACUACUCACUGGCCAUGGCCAAGCAGAAGCUGCCCAAGAAAAAGAAUAAACACAUUCCACGAGCCCCACAGCCCGGCUCGCCCAACUACUGCAAGCCUGACGCUCUGGCUAUGGCUACUGCUUCACCUCAGAGGAUCCUGGGUAACGUUCUGGGCGGGGUCAUGGGCUCAGGCGGACUCACUGGAGACUGUCCUCUCGCUCAGGAGGAGAUCAUAGAAAUUAACAGAGACUCGAAGCAGAACGGGGACGCGGCGAGUGCGGCGCUGGCUAAUGAGGACUGUCCCACCAUAGACCAGGUGCUGAGUCCGGACGAGCGCAGUCCGGUGGCCCGAACACGCGAGCGCUACCAGCAGGACCGAGCAUGCUUCCUGCUGAACACACGUGACUUCAGACCCUCAGAAUCCAACGUCCGGAAAGCCACGGGCUACGAGAAAUCUCGCAGCUUGAACAACAUAUCGGGAAUGGCAGGGUCCUCGCUGCGUUUGACCCCGAUCACCGGCGCGCCCUAUGACCCCUACGAGGCUCCGGGACCCCUGCGCCGCUGCCGCUCACCCAUCCCUUCCAUAUUGUAGAGCGAAAAAAUAAAGCAACAAGGAAAAUGCUAGAAACUCAGGACAGGGGAACAGGAGGAAGACAGGAUGGAGGCUGACCAGUGGAACUCAAUGGAAGCAAUAACCAACAAUAACCAUCUUGAAUGUAGCGAGCCCUUCCUCCAUCCUCGUCCACUCAGCUUCAGGUGCAUGCGUAUAAGUAGUGCUGCAAGAAGGUGCACUGCGUUGUAUUUUAGUGAGAUCAAUCUGAUCAGCAGCAAGAUUGGAUUGAAAUUACCAAGUAGGAAUAUUCCUCGGAAAUUCACAAAAAUAAAAAACGCUGAUUAGCUAUAUUAAGUCGUAAAGCCUUAGCCUAGGUUCACACUAGCAAGUGAAAAGUCGCAUGUGUCUUUAGUCAUGUAAAAAAUUGUAGUAGCUAAAAUGUGUAGCUGGUAACUAGCACCAACCUUCAUGUUUCACGCCAAACUUCGUAAUAGCUUUGUGGUCAGUUAGGAUACAUAAACUCAACACCCGGCAUCAACAACAGCUACUUUUGUUAAGCGGAAGUAUAAAAAAAGGAGGAUAAAAGGAAUCUAUGGUUAUACGUACAGUUUUUUUUUUCAAAGAAUUGAAGAAAAGUCGGACCAGGAUCCGCCCUAGGAAUGGUUCCAGGUUUAAGGAUUUAGAACAGAAUUUACACUUGUGGCUUUGUCGCUAGCUAUUGUGAACCUAGCAUUAGAGAACAGUAAGUGUGAACUCUAUACAAGUAGCUGUUGUGCUCAAUACUAUCGUGGGCCAAACAUCUUCAUUCUCAUCAGUAGAGCGAGAUAUAAAACAGGCUGCCAAAGAACGAUGCGAGGAAGACGAACGGAGCUACUUAAAUGAUCUUCCUGACAUUUUGCUAAACCUUAUCCUUUCACCGGACUGGAUAAUAAUCACUGAACAUUUUUAAUGCGAUGAAUGCGUACAAGCUAGUAUAUACGAUCCUUACACAAACAGGUUUAGAAGGAAAAGUGAAAUUUAUUGUAUGCUCUUAAAAGUUUUUUUUGGUUUAAAUAACACUAUGAUUAUCUUGGCUAAUAAUAUCUGCAGAUCUCAUGCUAGAUACUAGCUACAUGUUACAUUCAUAUAGGAUCAAUUCGAUGGAGGAUAAAUUGGAUACAAUGGGAUGCUGCGAGUGGAGCGACUUAUUAAUUCACAUCAUUUUGUUUAUGCUUUUUUGUUUGUUUACAUUCUUAGCACUUAUCAACAUAUUUUUUUUGUUCAUUUUGGCUUGUUAUUUAUUUAUUUAUUUAUUUAUUAUUUUUUUUACGUUUGUACAAUCUACACAAAAUAAAUUCUUGCAAAUAAUCCGGCAGUGAUUACACUGCAAAGUAAGACAAUUUGGGCAUUAAUUCAAAUGAUUUGUUUGAACAUUUUUCUACACUAAUUUAUUUAUUUAAUUUAUUUUUUAUUUUAUCCAAACCCAGUGAAAUUGAAAAAGUAAGGAAUCAUUUUUGAUCUGGGAAAACUCACCAUUUAUAGGAAAUAUUGAUUAUAUAUAUACAUGCAAAAUGUGCAAUAUACCACUCAUGAUGCUGGAAAAGUUCUUCAUGCGCACACGUGUUUGUAAAAAAAAACAAAAAACUAAUGAUCAGUGUAUGAAGUAGCUAAGCAGAUUUGAAGAUUAUAUGACUAGUGCUUUUUUGAUCUUGUCCUUGUUAAUGUCCUGUUGUUUGUUUGUUUGUUUGUUUUUUAAAAAAUCUGCUUCCAAUGUAAUUUUUUGAAGAUAAUUGUUUUUAUUGUUAAAAACAUUCCUUUUUUCCACUCUGUUUCAUUUGUAUAUGAUAUAUACGCAAGUGUUAACUAUCUGUGUAUCUUUUUGUUAGAUAGAAAAUAUUCAGGUCUGUCGGACCAAGUGCUUCCAGAAUUUUAAAAGGGGUAAAAAAAAAAUUUUAAUUAAAAUAAAAUAAAUAAAUAAUAAUAAUAACAAAGCCAUUUCUGAGAAAAUGCUUCCUUGGAAUCAGAAAAUAAAAAAGAAAAGUAAAAUAAUAUAUUGCAAUAAUUGCAAAUACUGUGUACGUAAAUUAUUAUAUAUUAGCAUUAGAUGUUUGCGUAGUUUCCUAAUGGAGAAUAAUCAGCCAAUUGUUGGCGCACAUUUAAAAAUAAAAAAGGAGCCAUUUUGUUUUAAACAUGGCGCCUGUCAUAGCAAAACUGGGCCAAGAUUUCUAGCUGAUCUUUGCAUAGAAUUUUCAUAGUAGGAGUAAAGCAGGGCGUAUAUCAAACUCUAGGAUUUAAUUAAAAGGGUUCUUAUUAGAAUUGAUGGAGAAAAAAAUUAUUAUUUUAUAGUCUAGUAGGAAACAAUGAUUUGCUGAAAACUUUUUUUUUAAGAAAUGUUUAUAAUUUAACUAAGAUGGCUACUAGAUUUACAAUUUUUUCUAGUUUACAUGGGUAUUUUGCUUGAAAGGAGAGCUGCAAGGAAAAUGAGUGUACUGGAACAUCCAACGUAGCAGCUAGUUUUAUUUAUUAUUAUUCUCACUUGCUUUCAGUGCAUUAUGGGGAAAAAAAGUACAAUAGAUUUUGUGUAUUUCGGAAAUUCUUACCAUUCUAAUAAGAACACUAUAAUGAAAUUCUAGUGUUUGGGAUUAGUGUUACUGUGACAGAUUCAGGAAAAAAAAACUUACGGGCGAUCUUAAGACACUCCGAGUGCAAUAGCUGUUCUUUCAGAGCCGCUCCUUCUCCAUAAAAGUAGGAGCGUCAGAGUAGCGCGGCCCGUAAGAGCUCCAGAGGCAUUUACGUAAAUUAAAAAUCCCAUUCCUUAAACGAUAAUAGAAUUAGCCAGGGAGGAGAUUUAUAUCCUUGAUCAAUACCAGUCACCAUUUCUCCAUUUGUCAUCCAGUCAGUGUCCACUUGUAUAUCUAAUAUUAUUGUCCUGUUGUUGUAGUUAUGUAGUUGUACAAAUGUUGUUUUUUGGAAAAUGUAGAGAAUUUCAACUCUCAGCUGUUUGUGUAGUGUGUGUGUGGGGGGGUGUCUUCCAUAUUGUUGUAACGGAUACAACACGAUCAGGACACUUUCAGACAUGUUUGUUUUGAAACUGUGAGCUCCCUCUAUGAGGCUACUUUUAAGCUGCUGUGUGUUAUUUAAAAAAUAAACAAUCGAAUGAAUGAAAGAACGAAUGGAUGAAUCAAAUAAACCACUAGCUAGAUUUAACUAGCUUCACCUGCCAACUUUGCUGUACAUACCUGUAUCUACACAAUAUACGUGAAAACCCAUUAAAAGGAUCUAUAAUGUAUCUAUCUCACUGUAUGUUGCUUAUUCUGUGCCAUGUCCCAAAUCGUAUGGUGUUUUGUCUUGUAUAGUAUUUUGUUGUGCGUGUUUGUGUGCUAUAUCGAUGUAUUCUUUUGCACAAGCUACAUUAAAAAAAAAAUACUGCACUUACACACCAUAUGUGCACCCACUGUUCAUUCAAGCACGCAAACAUUGCACAUCAAUCUUAGUACUUUUGCAGGUAAAAGAGUUUAUAAAUAAAUCUGUCAAGACAAACACUGUCCAGUAAAUUGAACUACAGCAACAUUUCUUCCAAUUGUUGACGUUGUGAUUCUGCUGGACAACCUCCAGCGUUCCCGAUUCUCCUGAAGUUCUCCUAGCCUAUUUCAGUUUGUGUUGCCGAAUCAUAAAAUGAAUCCAAAUGAUACAUGAAUGAUUUUAAACUACAGUUAAUAGUGAAUUAUCUGUUAACAGAACUUUCGCAUGCUUAACUUUAACCACCAUCGACAGUGUUAAGUUUCUAGCAUUCACCGAUUCUUUAAAGAAGACACAAUUAGGUGUUGUUUUCUGAGUUUACGGAUGGAGGCGCAUCUCAUCCAAGAUGCGACACUUGAGGAAUGUUGGUGUGACGGAGGAAUUGCCCGGAAAGACAUGGAAAAUGUAAGCGUCUGAGGCUGGAUCUUCACACAGUAACCAAAGCAACCUCUUGGAAUUCUGGACCCAUUCCUCGUUCUACUGAAAGACUUCUUCUUAAUACAGCGAGACACUGGGCAUUUCAAUCUGAUUUGGAGAGAAAAGUGACAUGUGAGGCGAAAAAAAAAAUUCAAACAAAAACAUUCCAUAAUGCUUUGUGUCUGCCGUAUAAGAUCAAAACACCAGAAGCCCCGAGUACCGCGUUAAUCUGCGGCAUGGAGCUCUGAGUGUGCAUUAUUCUACGUUUUUGAGAAUGAUGGACCAAGCUAGAUUAAUCAUGUAGCAUCUCUGCUAACCCUUUGUAGCAUUUGUUGGUGGACAAUCCUCUCCAGCAAUUUUUAGAGACUUUGAUAUUCAUUAACGGUUUGCACACACUGACUAAUAAUGACUUAGUCAUGCACAAACCUUUAUCGUUUUAGCAUUCCGGAGGAACAUGUCGUCAGCAUACUUGUCCUGUGUAGUCGUGUUCUUUUUGUUUGUUUUGUUUGUUCCUUUCUUUUUAUAGAAGCCCCCAGUACCUUUUACACUUACAUGUCCCUAUUUUAGUUUUAUGACUUGGACACCUUUUAUGGUAUGGGUUGCUAUUCUGACAUGAGUCUUCCAUUCUUUUCCAUCGGUUCAGAAAAGGCAACUUCAAAUCAUUUAGUCCGCCAAACCAAAGCCCUCCACCGAGACCAAAUAAGAGUCCAAGAUUGGUUCCCUUAGGUAAAGUCUGGAUCGCCGAACCAACAAGAUUCUCCCUUUAGAUGCACACAGGCUAUCAGGUGUAGCAGGACCAGUUAAUGCCAUUAAAUCUCUGCCAAGCUUAUUAGCAGUAUGACGGUCUUUUCCUGAGAAAGAUCCGUUCUCAAGUCCCUUCUUUGAAUGUCUCUCUUUGAAAGUGAUACUUGAGUUAUUUAUUUUUUAAUGAAUUAAUUUUAGUAGUAGAGCUAAAGCUGCCAUAGUGAAUCCAUGUGCACAUCGUCAACACUUGACUGACACACUGCCACAUCAUCGACGACUGCUCGGACCAAUAACGUGUGCAUGCUACCCUUAUACCUUUUUAGAGAUGAUUUAGGCUUAUGGAGGUCUUUAAAGGUGGUUUUCCUGAUAUCUCCUGUUCUCCCUUUCGCUCUGUCUUUUAUGUCCUCCAACAUCAAGGAAAUUUGUCUUCAAGGACAUUGGUACUUCCAGUAAAAAAAAAAAAACAAUAAGGGAGGACAAAUGUACAAAGUAGAAGAAAUAUAUAUAUAUCUAUAUAUUUUGAUAAGUGGGCGGGAGAAAUAACAGAAGAGCAGUUCAAGAAUCAUACAAAGAAACAAAAAAACUGCACCUGGGAAUUGGAAAAAAAAAUGAAAGGGUGGGAAAAACCCUGCAACACUGCAACUGCUUCCUACUCAGAGGAAAGGAGGGAAUAAAGAGACUAACAAAAAAAAUAAAAAAUAAAUAAAUCAAGAGCUCCUGAAAUGGAGGAAGCAAGAAGACUGAACAAUGAAAUAAUGGAGAUUUAAAAAAAAAAAAAGAGAGAAAAUGCAAGGACAAAUCUUUAAAAAAACAAAAAAAGAUUUCAAAAAAAUGAAAAGAAAAAAAACGUUAAGAAAAUGUUUUUUUUUUGUUUUGUUUUUUUGUAACAUUGUUUACCAGCAUGAGUUCUUUGCAUGAGUAUUUUCUGCAAGCCCUUAGUUGAAGUGAGGAGGGCUAGAAAUACAUUUAAAAAAAUAAAUAAAUAAAAUAAUAAUUAUUAUAUAAAAAAAAAGAUCAAAUAAAAAAUGAUAUGCAAUGAAUAUUUAAAAAAAAAGAUUAUAUUAAAAAGAGCUAUAUUUUGUUUUGAAAUAGUAAAAAAAAUGUGAAUAAAUAUCAGACUAUAUGUAUGACUGCAAGAUAAACUUUUAUUAGAUUUGAAGGAGAAAAAAAAACAAUUAGAAAUCACACCAAAUUCUCCUUUGCUACUUAUUGCCCCACUUAUAAUAUCUCGUCGAUUUUCCACGUUCACGUCACAUGUCCACGGACACACAUUUUGCAGGCAUGAGUGUGUGAUCUGUUGUCUGGUAGUAUUAGAUUGCUGAGAGGCUUUUCUUUUCUUUUUUUUUCUAGCUUCUUCUGUAGCCAAAGUGGUGCUGAUUUUCAAACCUUCUUUUAAUCCAGCCUUAUUUUUUUUCCCCAGCAUGCAUUGAAAGCAAAACUAUAUAAAUCUAUAUAUAUAUAUACAUAUAUAUAUAUAUAUAUAUAUAUAUAUAUAUAUAUAUAUAUAUAUAUAUAUAUGAAGCAUCUCAGUCUGAGUCGAGUCGAUGUGGCAAUAAAUACCAACGACAAUAAUAGUGUGAAUACUGUGGAGGUUGUAGCUGGGCAGAAGGGUGUUGUGGGGAAUUUUCUUUUAAUAGACAAGAGUUUGUCUAGUCUCAGGUGAAAAAAAAAGAAGAAGAAGUGGGAUGCUUGUCUUGCUUGUAUUUCAGUCCAACUGUCUGUCCUGUCUGUCCUUUUUUUUUUGUCUGUCUCUCUCUCUACGAAUUCAAACCAAUUUUUGGUUUUUACAAAAACAACUUUAGCAGCAAUACUGAAAUCGCACAAGGGACGUAAUCUUUGCUUUUUCCACAUCAUCACGUCACGGUUUCUUCUAGAACCUUGGGGUGUUUUCGAGGUCUUCCGAUGCUGUCCUGCCUUGAGCCGAGCGCGGCGAAUAACAGAAAGUCAGUGACGCUGAAUUGUAUCAGCGAAGACAACUUUAAACGUCAUAGCUGUUUUGACGCUGUUACAGAAUUCUUUCAAUUGAAAAUGUGUGGAGGUCUGGGAAAAACCCAGCUGGUUUUUGUCAAACUGGCAAAAAUGGUGACCGAAAUUUAGGCCAAAAUUUUGGGCCAGUAGCAUAUCGGAACACCACAAAUUUUAAGAAAUCAUGUAAACAAAAAAAAUGUUUUGAUUUACAUCCUAAGACCUUGCUAGCUAACCCUUUUUCCACACUAGUUUGUGGCACUUACAGUUUGUCGCAACCAAAUAAUUGAGAUUAAAAUGUGAGUGGAGAAUGGAAGAAACGUUGGGCACCUUAGCAUGCGGUCAAUAACUUAUUUAUAGAGGACAGGGAAAAUCUUCUUGUAAAUGUUGUUAAAAUUAAUUUUGUACUUGGUAAUGUAACCAUAGUUCGUUAGAAUUAUUUAUCUGAUAGACAAUUUGCCAACGUUAAUAAGCUUAUUGAAAAUUAUUUUUUCCCUGCAUAAAUGUGCAGUUUUUUAAAAUUCUAUUUUAUUUAUUGAUUUAUUUAUUUAUUUGGAGAAAUUUGAAUUUUUUUUAAGUGUACACAAUUCGCUUUUUAUAACAAACCUUUUAGAUUUUUAACAAGUACUUUGAAGGCCGAGAAGUAUGUUGGGUUUUUUUUCUGGUUUUUAAAUUUCACACAUUUCGAUAAUACUAGUACAAACCAUCCAAAAUACUACUUAUGUAGAAAAACAAAGUACAGUUUCUGAAGAAUUUUCCAGUCCUGAGGAGUUUCUUAUACAGUGAAUGUCAUGCUUUGAUAAAGGUAUUGGAUCAUCUCCAGUUUUUUUUUUUUUUACUUUUAAGGUGUUUUUUGACAAUAUAUUUUCGAAAUUUGGUUGCGGGGAAUACAAAAGAAUUUCAGAAUUUCGGUUCAAAAAUGCCUGGGGUUUCGCCAAAUUUCAUUGUAUAAAGGGUUUUCCCAGUCCACCAUCACAACAAACAAAUAAUAUUUUGACUGGACUCAAAAUUCUUGACUAGGUGAAAAUGAUGAUUACGGUAUGUCUAUACCGGCGUUGGGUGUAGCCUCUAUUAAAUUUCCGUUUCCAUGGUGAUGGUACAUUUGAGACAGGGCAGAUUUGCCUGUAGCUUCAAACUCACAUCAAGCCAAUGUGAUUUGGAAUCAGGCCCAGGUCACGUGUUUUAAUCAAAAUCGUAAUUUUAGCAAAAAAAUAACGAUCCUGAGUAGCUGAAACAAACCGUUAUUUGUGGAAUUCUUUUUGUUUGUUUUUGUGUUUGACCUAAAACUGUAGCAGAGAAGCCUCUUCGAAAUCCCAGUAGCAUCAAUCGUGUUUUGUGUGUGUGUGUGUGUGUAGCUGUAAAUUACACAAGAGUGGACUGAAUGUAUUAUAAUUAUUUUUUACACUCUUCAGCUGUGUUAAUAAAAUGAUCAAUUAUCACAAAAUGCUGCCAGUGAGCAAAGUGAUUUUAAGAAAGAAAAAAGAAGAAGAAGGGAUGGAGAGACAGACAGACAGACAGACAGACAGACAGGAAAGACAAAAAAAAAAGAGCACAAAAAUGUUAGGAGGAGAAUGUGGGGAAACGUUAAAGAACACUGUGUGUUUCAGACUGCCAGGUUUUAAGAUGCUGCUAUGAAAGAAAAAUGUUUUCUUUAGAAAUAUAUUCAUAUAUCUGUGUAAAUAUAUAGUACCAGACAGAAGAUCGGAUUAGACCGGACACAUCCAUGAAGGUUUCGACGUGAAAAUGAAUGACAUUUAGGCUUGGAACAAAAUAACACAACACAAUAUUUGGCAUAUUUCUGUCAAGGUGACUCCAAAAAGGGGCGGGGCUUAUCAGUAUAUCAAUCUUAAUCACAGUUCCUCCUCUCAAACAGCAGGGGGGCUGUAAAAACGACAAACAGCUGCUUUAAAAUAAUAUUUCUGAAACACAAUGGUGUCAACCUUCAUGUUGUGGUUUUUUAAAAGAAACUUAAUAAAACAUCCAGUUUGUCCAGACUUCUGCUUGGUACUUUAUAUACACAUGUUUUGUUAUGUUAUGUUUUUUUGUUUAAUUGUUCAAACAAAUCGUCAUGUUUUAGUCACAAACCUAUCAUAAGAAAACCUUUAAAACCCUACAUGUGUGUGUGUUUUUUAUUUUUAUUUUUGGGUGUUUAAAAAUUCACUGAAUGAUUUUCGCAAAACCGGAAUAUAGGAACAUAGAGAGUUAGAGUUUUGUAUGAUUGUGCCAAGAUUUUUUUGUUUUUCAAGCAGCGAAAAGUAAAAAGCGCACUCUCACACACACUCUCUCUCUCUCUCUCUUUCCCUCUCUCUCACACACACACGUACGCAAAAGCUCGAUGCAUACCAUAGACAUGGUGUGAAUGCAAUCAUUCCUGUCCUCUUUGCAUUAAGUGAUAAGUUGAAUUUGUCACAGAUGCAAAUACACACAUUCCUUUGUUGACAUGUUUAUUUAUUUAUUUGAUUUCUUUUUUCUUUCUUUUUUUUGGCACAGGUGGGUUUCUUUUCUCGGUUGCGUUCUUUUCCGUGCCUGCGAUUAUAUCAGCUGAAUCAAUCAUGACUUUCUGUGUGUACUGAUUGUGUUUUAUUUGAUGUACUUGAAUUACAGAUAUGCAAUCUUUGCCACACUGACCACUGCCAACCCAAUCAACAUGAUCAGUAAUUAAGACGAUUAAAGUAAUUAGUAACCAUGUU